GUAAUUUCUAUCUGAGUGAAGAUAAAAAGAUACAUGAACUCGUCUCUCGAUUGCUCCUGCCUGGCCGGUGGGGUGAAAGUUGAGAGUUCAUCAACAGCAUCCGACAACAGAAGACACGUGCGGGUUAAAACAGUCGUAAGUCUAAUAAAGCUCUGUGCAGCAGCAUCAUCGGCUGCAGCGAUGGCUGCCAUCUACUCAGGUAUCCAUCUGAAACUGAAGAGCCAUCAGACUCCGUGGGAGGACAAGUUAAAGCUGGCACGUUUUGCCUGGGUCUCCUCUCAGUGCCUGCUGCCCAACAAGGAGCAGGUACUGUUGGACUGGUGCACCCAUGCUCUGACAGGCCGGUACAAUCAGAAGGUGGAGUUUUCUCAGAACGUUCUGGAAGGACUGUGGUGUUAUCUUGACGAUCUGCUUCACAGCCACAAGCUCCGCUCUCUUCUCAAGCAGGGAAAGACCAUCAGCCUGAGGCUCAACAUGGCACAGCUGCUGCUUGACCGUCUCCAGGAGUGUGCUCGUGUUGGCUCUAAGUCUCCAGUGUGUGUGUCCACAAUACUGAGUGUGUGUCAGGGCCUUCUCUCUUCUCCUGCGCUCUCAUCUGUCUUCACCACCAAGUAUGAACUCAUUGUUGAUCUCGUGGCUAAGCUCUGCUCUCUGGCCUGCCGUGAGCUACAACAGCCAUUGCUCACAGAGCCCCUAACGACUGAGUCCGUCAUAUGUCAAGAUGAGGUGAUGACCGAGUGUCUUCAAACUACUAGCAAUUUUGACAGUUCCCAAAUUGAGCCGAAUAUCACUGAAAAUCCUCCUGAUCAGCCAAAGUUGGAUGUUAAUAAAUCUCCUGUAAAGCCAAAGGAAAACCUCCGAGCAGCUAAUUUGUUUGAGGUGUUGCUUCAGGCGCUGUCAUGUUAUUUUUCAGUUCAGCGGCAACAAGCCAAUCCUAACAGGGUCUUUACUAUGGUAACCAACCAGCUGCUCCAACCUUUAGUGCUACUCAGACACCUGCUGACCUCUGGGGAAUUUGCACCCUCUCACACACAUCUGCACCUCCGUCAGCAGCUGUCCAGAGACAUCCGCAUCAAGAUAGACUCCAUCCUCCAGUGUGCUUUGUUCCCCUCUGAGCACCUGACCGCCUACAAGGAGGAGCUCCUUCCUUCUAAAGAGGAUUCUGGGAAACGUGGUCCUGGAGGGGCAAAAGGCCCUUUGAAGCCGGUCAGUGCCAUACUUUCCAAACUGAGUGCUCAGGGCUGCUGUGAGCCGCCCCUACACUACACUGUGAAGUCCAACACGUUGCCUCUGCUGUUUAAGUUCUUUCUGGAAAGCUACGGAAAAGGGAGAGGACAAAGUGAGGAAGCGCACAAGAUGCUGUGUUUCUAUUUCCUCACCAGAUUGGUCCCGGCCUUGGACGUAUGUCUUGAUGGACACUCGCUCUCACCUGCCGAAGCGGCCCAGCCAGUCUCAGUGUCCCCUGGGCAGAAGUCUCCCCCAGCCUCCCUCUGUUCCCCAGAGAGCUGGAGCCUGGCUCUGCUGGCUGUGGAGUCCCUGCUGAACUCGACUCUGUCAGCUGAUAUUUACAACGUAGCAGCAGACAGGAUCAGACAUGAAGAGGUCCAACUCAAAUUUUAUAGAGCUCUGGGACAAAUGCUCUUUAACCAGGCCCAGCCAAGCAUCCCAGCAUGGUACCGCUGUUUAAAGGUGCUGUUGAGUCUCAACCAUCUGAUUCUUGAACCAGACCUGGACCAGCUGUUAUCUUCAGCCUGGGUUAAUUCUGAAUGCAUGGAAGCACGAGUGCAACGAGCCAGACAGCUCAUGGUGUGCAGUCUCCUCCAAACGUACACUAAGCUCCGUCAGCUGCCCCGCCUCUUCUCUGACCUUCUGUCUGUGAUCUGUCAGCCAGCGCUGGACGACCUCCGACCUCCUCUGCUGUCCGAGGGCAUCUCCGCCUCGCUCAGGACUUGUCUUCUGGACACUCCCUCUUCCCAGGGCCUAGAGAUCUGCUCAUCAGUGUUGGAAAGCAUCAGGAGUUACAGACUACCUGACCUGGUGCAGGAGGAGAGAGAGGCAGAGAAGAUGGAGAUGGAUGGAGGAGGAGAUAAUAAAGGGGGGAGAGAAGAUUCAUCUCUGAAGCUGUUCUCACUCAGCCAGCUGCUUCAUGUAGUUUUGUUUAGUCUGAAGACUCUAGACAAUACCUCUCCUCUUCCCACAGUCAGGCAGAGUCACAGUUUGAUGGAGGAGAUGCAACAGGUCGUCAAGGAGUUACUGCUUCUGUUGUCAACAGAAAAGAAGGCUGUAAAAGCAAAAGCUCAAAGGACGCCAAGGAAAGGCAAAAAGAAUUUGGACCACGAAGAGUCAGAGAAGGUCUCAGAGUCUAAAAUGGGAGCACCGUGGGAACAGAAGACCCAGGAGGCCACUCUCCUCCUCAGAUACACCUGGGUGGAAGUCGACACGCUCUUUAAAAUCCACUGCAGCAAAUACACAUCUCUUGACUCAGCCCAGACAGCAGCUGCAAGUGAGACUGAAGAGUGUACUCCAGCCUUAACCCACAUAGAAAGUCUCCUAUCUGGUGAGAUCGCUCCAGCUCUUCUGCAGCCGUCCUGCAGCCCCAUGAGCCGUUUGCUGUUCAAACUCCUCACUUUGCAACAGAUGAAGAAAGUUUUGUUAGACACCUUCUUACUUUCUGAACCCAGCACGGCAGCACUGCUAAACAGAGCAGCCCAGUUUAUUUUAGCUAAAUCAGAGGUGAGUCUGGAUGUAGAGCAGGUAUGGGACGGGCAGAUUGCGAGCGUGAACGCCAGCUCCUACCUCGCAGCACACUGGUAUCUUGUCACAUCCAAUUUGCCUCUGAUUGCUCCCUACCUGAGCGGAGGAGAUGUGGGCUGUGUAGCAGAUGUGCUCAUCAGUUCACUCCUCAGCAGGCAGACCGACGGAGGAAUGGACCGGCCGCCCGGCUGUCUGACUGUCUCUCUCAUCUCUUCACAGCUUCUCCAAAGCCCCGUUCUUGCUGAGUUGCCUUCACUGUUCUCUGCCACAGUUUGUUCCCUCACACAAAGGAUUGUCAGUGUUCUCAAGGCAGCUCACAUACCCAAGGUUUGUCCUACAUUCCUGAAGUUUCAGGAGAAAGGAAUUGAGAGAGAUGCCAGUCAGCCUCCUCUCUCCACACAAAAAGAGGCUAUAGUUGAGGAUAUAUUGACGUCCUCAAAGACUGGAGAGGUGUCUGUAUCGCUGACUGACACACAGAUUAAGGAGCUGGUAGACUUACUCCAAAUAUUAAAAAACCUAAACCCAGAUGGGAUGAACUCUGAGGAUUUCUCCUCUCUUUUCCUCCUCCUCUUCUUCAUGCUCACCUCAACCUCCAGACAGGUGGCUGUGGACCCUCCUGAAUCUGGAGACGACGCUCUCUUCCUGGUGAAGCUGCUCAGGCUGCUGACCUGUCUCCUGGAGGGUAGAAACUUCCAAAGUGUUUUGAAGCUCACCCACGGUGGUACUCUGCUGCAGGCCUGUGUGUCCUCUCUCCUCUGGCGCAGCAACAACGGAGGAUUUGGAGCCACAAGCAGCUCUGAUUGGUUGGAUUUAAUCAAAGCAUCGCAGGGCUUCAUCAAGUCCUUGGUCCAGCUGAUUAUAAUAAGAAACAGCAGCGUUCGACUCAACCUAGACCAGUUUGCCUCCUAUCUUACCAGUAAGGAGAUGGCGAGCACGCAAAUUGUGGCGCCCGGUUCAGCAGCUGUGUCAGGCAAACCAGAUCCAGGAUCGUCCAUUUUGUCUGUUCAUCUCCUGCUGGCAUCGCUGACCUCUUUCUCCCAGGCAAUGACCUCCAACCUGGGGAGGAGUAAACCAAUGGAUCAAACGUUGACUCAGAUGCUCACAAGAACGACUGCUUCACUGGGACCAACUGUUGAGUCCGUCCUAAAGCCCCAAACUGUCAGUCAGUCAGUCGUCCAGCUAGCCAGCAUCCUCGGUCAAGCCUUCGUUGUAGAAGUUGUUACCGUCAUGCUGCAGUGUGAGCUAUCCUCACUGUCAGUGGAGGAUGAGAACAAGCAGCUCAGCCUGAGUCAUAUGAGCCUCUAUCAGGGCUUCUGCCAGCAGAUCCUCAAAGAAAUAAAUUGUGGCCAAAGGCCGUUGGACUUUCUGGUUUCCUGUCUCCAUUUCCUGUCCGCUUUCUACAAAGCCGUGGAGAAGACGAGAGGAGAGAGGGAGGAGGAGCCAGGAGAGGAGAGGAAGGGAGGAAAGGAGUUGGAUGAGCUGUACAUGCAGAUACUGCAGAGUGUGCACAGACUGCUGACAGCUUCUUGGCUGUCUGCCGAUGAUGUUUGUGAGCUGGAGCCAGCUGUGCAGCAGCUGCUGCGCCACCUGGUGGAGAGAAGUACUUCAGGUCGGUUCAACCUGCUGCUUCUGCUGUUCAGAGAGGGACUGGACACGGGCAAGCUGAGGGCAGGAAACUACAGGGAGGUGCUAUCUGCAGUAAUCAUCAUUAAGCUGCUGUCCUGUUGUCAGUUACCUGAUCCCUGCACUAAAGCUCUGUGGCUCAUUGCACCACAGAUUAUAUCAGCUAUGGUGUUCUUAGUGAAAUCGUCCACUCAGGACGUCUCCCUGACGCUUCCCUUUACCGUUCCCACGGUGACGUCAAUGACGUCACUGCUGCGCCAGGGUGAGGGGCUCAUCACUAACCCUCAUCAUGUCAUCGUGGUCCUUGGAGCGCUCCAGUCGGUGCCCCUCGACCACUUGACCCCUCCUGUCUACCGGUCGGCGUUCCUGGCUGUUCAUGAGGCGCUGUUUGCCAUCAUCCAGUGUCAUCCGCAGGUGAUGUUGAGCGCAGCCCCGUCAUUCUUAAAUGUCUUCUAUCGUCUGGUGGCGUCCAUCAUGCAGGAAGGUCGGCAGAGAGGAGACAGUGACACAGACGGUGACGUGUUUCUCCAGUGCUCCAGAUUGGUAGAGAGGAUGUACUCUCACAUCGCUGCUACAGCUGAGAGCUUCACCACACUGUCGGCCUUCAUGGUGGCUCAGUACGUCACAGAGCUGCAGAAGGUUACUCUGCGACCAGACGUUAAGCUGCAUCUGACAGAGGGGAUCUAUCGGAUACUGGACCUGUGUAUGGAGCAGGAUAUCAAGUUCCUGACGGCCGGGCUGCAGAUGGGAGUCAGAGAGGUGUUCAAUGAGCUGUACGGCAGCUAUACCCACUACCACAAAGCACAGAGGCAAGGAGAGGACAAGUACACCGUUUGAACUGUCACAACAAGCACUCUCAACCUUCAGUUUACAUUCCAGUUUGAUUAAUUUUGAAUAAAUGUAAAUUCUGCUUUUGAAUGGGAAAUCAGACAUAACAGCUUGCGGGUACCAGUCGAUGUACACAGAGUGUAAACACAGAUGUCACUAAGAAUUUGUUUUUUCUUCUCAGACACAGUUUUUUUUGUUAAAAUUAAGACAUUUUACAUACAAGGUAUUGCUUUGAAUUCUGCACAAUAAUCAGUAUGCUGCCAGCAACACAGCUGCAUGCAAAAAUAAAAAGGUUGUUCAUACCUAUCUGAAUAUUUGAAUAGAUCAAGCUGGAAAUAGUUAACAGGAGGCAGGCAGAAUGGCUUCAACGUGGCCUUAGGUGUGUUUUGAUAAUUAACAACAGUUUUACGCAGCCUGAUAAUCAGUAGCUGGUUAAUAUUUGUGUUCUGCAAACACAAAGCUCUCUACAGGCAGGUGGAUUGGUUUGGUUACACCCUGAACCUUAAACACACAGCACAUGGCAGACUGAAGCAACGGUAGAAGAAGAAUGACGUCUCACUGCAGCCAUGACACAUGAUGUGUGAAAUGCUGUUUAUGAUAGAAUUUAAAGAUGGUUUUGUUUAAUUUCAUUGAAUUGCUGAAGAAGAAAAUUUGGAUAUGUGUGUAAUUAUACUUUGUCUUUUCUAUAUUGCUGUCAGUGCUUCGUUUUUUAUAGCAAAAUGUAAUGAUUUAACAGAUAAUCUUAAAUACGAUGCAGAUUCAAGUCUGUUUAUUUGUGUCGUUUUGUGCACAGUAUUCUCAUUUUAUUAAUACAUAUAUAUUUUGUGUGCAUUUUUGCCUUUAUUUGAUUGAGUAGAGGAUCAGAGGAACUGUAAGGGCAGAUUAGAGAGGUCAAAGCCGGAUUCAAACCGGGGAAGUUGCAGGUACAUGGUGUCCGUCUUUUAGACUGCUAGGUCCACUGUGACAGCCACGCGGUGUUGUCACAGUGGGGCUCUAAUUUGUUGUUGUCCUGCAGAAAUUUGACCAAUGAAUAAGGUCUCUUCUGUACUUCCAGGGCAGAUGUUGAAAUGUUCCUUCCUCAUAGCUUGGCUUACGUUUCAAUGAACAUUUAAUUAAAAUGUACAAGAUUUGUUUUAAUCUAAAAGCUGACUGCGGUUUGCUUAUGAUUAUACAAUUAUACCAUGAAAGAUGAUCAUGAAAUAAAAGCAUGUUAAUCUCA